AUGGUAAUGUUAAUAGUGCUUGGAUUAGCUUUUCUGAAACAUAUCAGCUGCAAAUUUAUGAACCGAUUCAGCUGUGUAGUUUGGCAACUUCUCUUGAGAUUUUUUGCUGUUUUGAGUUCGAAAACACCAGAAGAUGCAAAGAAAAAGAAAAGGAAAAAGGAGAGAAAAGGAGAUACGCAGACAUCGGCGCAGCGUUUUUCACGGCGUGAUUAUGGCCAUCGUCGGGAUCCUCCUACUCGAAGAACAAGAACUGGGCAUAAAAUCAAGGGACGUGGCGCACUUCGUUUUCGUACACCAGACGGUAGCGAUCACGAUGGAAGUCGAACCCCGCCUCAUUGGAGACGUGAAGAGGUUGUUGUUUUUUGA